AUGUUGAGAUGUGGAGUGGAGCACCAUGAUGUACGACCUCCGAAUGUGCUUUGGAAUUCCGAGACCAGCAAUGUGGUGUUGGUGGAUUUUGAGCGUUCAGAGAUCUUGGAGCAAUUUUCGAUUUCGGCGGAGAGGUCGCCCAACUGGAAACGGAAGCACCCCCAUUCCCAUGACAAGAUAUCAUCGAGGGGUGGACAGACAUCCUAUCACCAGGUGGUAAGCGCACUCCGAUUCUACUGUGGAUGCACAAAUACUAACAUCUCAAUUCACAGACUUAACGUCUCGCUCGCGAUCCUCUCGCUCGCCUCCAACUCAAACAGCAGAGAAUUUUCAGUGGGCGGACAUAUUAGAUGAAGACGCCGGGAAUGAUACAUUGAUUAUAGAAAUUCUGGAACAUAAUGAUAUCACAAUAUCAGUUAUGUAG